AUGUUCAGCUUUGUGGAUUCGAGGACUGUACUGCUACUUGUAGCAACCCAAGUCGUUCUAUUAGCCGUUGUCAAAUGUCAGGAAGAAGACCAGGACCUAGGCAGCUGUAUGCAGGACGGACAGCGCUAUAGUGACAAGGACGUAUGGAAACCAGAGCCGUGUCGUAUUUGUGUGUGCGACACGGGAACUGUCCUGUGUGACGAAAUAAUCUGCGAGGAGAUUAAAGACUGCCCCAAACCCGAGAUCCCAUUCGGAGAGUGUUGCCCCAUCUGCGUGCGGGACGGGGAAGCUCCCCCAAGUGGGGCCCCGGGAGCUAAGGGUCAGAAGGGGGAACCAGGAGAUAUCACAGAUGUCGUAGGACCAAGAGGACCUGGAGGCCCUAUGGGCCCCUCAGGAGAGCAGGGACCACGCGGAGACAGAGGAGACAAAGGCGAUAAGGGCAGUCCCGGGCCCCGUGGCAGAGAUGGCGAGCCUGGUACCCCUGGUAACCCCGGCCCCCCCGGACCCUCAGGACCUAACGGACCUCCCGGCCUUGGAGGAAACUUUGCUGCUCAGAUGGCUGGAGGAUUUGACGAGAAGGCUGGCGGAGCACAGAUGGGCGUGAUGCAAGGACCAAUGGGCCCUAUGGGUCCUCGAGGGCCACCUGGCCCCUCUGGAGCUCCUGGCCCACAAGGUUUCCAAGGCAACCCCGGAGAGGCUGGAGAGCCCGGAUCAGCUGGCCCGUUGGGUCCCCGUGGUCCACCUGGACCCUCUGGUAAACCGGGAGAUGACGGUGACGCUGGCAAACCCGGCAAAGGUGGUGAUCGUGGACCUUCUGGUCCUCAGGGAGCUCGUGGAUUCCCAGGAACUCCCGGUCUGCCUGGAAUCAAAGGGCAUAGAGGUUAUCCAGGUCUUGAUGGACUCAAGGGAGAGGGUGGAGCUGCUGGUUCUAAGGGAGAGUCUGGUGCGCCCGGUGAGAAUGGCGCUCCCGGACCCAUGGGACCACGUGGUCUGCCCGGUGAGAGAGGUCGCCCCGGUCCCUCUGGAGCUGCUGGUGCUCGUGGUAAUGACGGUCUGCCCGGCCCUGCUGGUCCUCCUGGCCCAGUUGGUCCAUCUGGUGCUCCAGGCUUCCCCGGCUCUCCAGGUUCUAAGGGAGAAGCUGGCCCCACCGGUGCUCGUGGACCUGAGGGCGCCCAGGGAUCACGUGGAGAGUCAGGAACCCCCGGAUCUCCCGGACCCGCCGGCGCUUCUGGUAACCCUGGAACUGAUGGUAUUGGUGGAGCUAAAGGAUCAGCUGGUGCUCCUGGUAUCGCUGGUGCGCCUGGCUUCCCCGGACCCCGUGGCCCUCCAGGACCCCAGGGAGCCACUGGGCCUCUCGGACCAAAGGGAACAUCUGGUGACCCCGGUAUCCCAGGUUUCAAGGGUGAGGCUGGACCCAAAGGAGAGAUUGGACCCGCGGGUCCCCAAGGAGCCCUUGGCCCUGCAGGAGAGGAGGGGAAGAGGGGACCCAGAGGAGAGCCCGGCGCAGCUGGACCUCUCGGACCUCCCGGAGAGAGAGGCGCCCCCGGUAACCGUGGUUUCCCAGGUCAGGAUGGUCUGGCUGGUCCCAAGGGAGCCCCUGGCGAGCGUGGAGUCGGAGGCGUGUCUGGCCCUAAGGGAGCCGGCGGUGACCCUGGUCGCCCUGGCGAGCCCGGUCUUCCUGGUGCAAGAGGUCUUACUGGUCGUCCCGGUGAUGCAGGUCCUCAAGGAAAAGUUGGACCCGGUGGUUCUUCUGGUGAGGACGGUCGCCCCGGACCUCCUGGCCCUAUGGGAGCCCGCGGUCAGCCUGGCGUGAUGGGAUUCCCCGGACCCAAGGGAGCCAACGGCGAACCUGGCAAGGGCGGAGAGAAAGGAUUGCUCGGUGCGCCAGGUCUGAGAGGUCUUCCUGGUAAGGAUGGUGAGACCGGAGCUGCUGGACCCCCUGGCCCUGCUGGCCCUGCUGGAGAGAGAGGAGAGCAAGGACAACCUGGACCUUCUGGCUUCCAGGGUCUGCCCGGACCUCCCGGCCCCCCUGGUGAGGGUGGCAAGCCCGGUGACAUGGGAGUUCCAGGAGAGGGUGGAGCUGCUGGUGCCACUGGACCAAGAGGUGAGCGUGGUUUCCCAGGAGAGAGAGGAGGUGCUGGGCCUCAGGGGCUGCAGGGACCCCGUGGUCUUCCUGGAACUCCUGGAACUGACGGACCUAAGGGCGCAAUCGGACCAGGUGGUGCAUCGGGUGCCCAGGGACCCCCCGGUCUGCAAGGUAUGCCCGGAGAGAGAGGAGCCUCAGGCAUCCCCGGACCUAAGGGAGACAGAGGUGACAACGGAGAGAAGGGACCUGAGGGUGCUUCUGGCAAAGACGGUUCAAGAGGUUUGACUGGUCCAAUUGGUCCUCCUGGCCCAGCUGGUCCCAAUGGAGAGAAGGGUGAAUCUGGUCCCUCUGGACCUUCCGGUGCUGCUGGUGCCCGAGGUGCUCCUGGUGACAGGGGUGAGACUGGACCUCCCGGGCCUGCUGGCUUCGCUGGGCCUCCUGGAUCUGAUGGUCAGCCCGGAGUCAAGGGAGAGCAGGGAGAGGGUGGACAGAAGGGAGACGCUGGUGCACCUGGACCACAGGGACCCUCCGGAGCUCCUGGACCUUCCGGACCUACUGGCGUUUCUGGACCUAAAGGUGCUCGCGGUGCUCAGGGACCCUCUGGUGCCACUGGUUUCCCUGGAGCUGCCGGCAGAGUCGGGCCCCCUGGUCCCAAUGGUAACCCUGGUGCUGCUGGUCCCUCUGGCCCUGCUGGUAAAGAUGGUCCUAAGGGUGUGCGUGGAGACGGUGGACCCUCAGGCAGACAGGGAGAUGCUGGGCUGCGUGGAGCCGCUGGAUCCCCUGGAGAGAAGGGAGAUGCUGGAGAGGAUGGUCCCUCUGGUCCCGAUGGUCCUUCAGGUCCUUCAGGUCUGGCUGGACAGCGUGGUAUUGUUGGUCUUCCAGGACAGCGUGGAGAGAGAGGUUUCCCUGGCCUGCCAGGACCCUCUGGUGAGCCUGGUAAACAAGGAUCUCCUGGUGGAAGCGGAGACCGUGGGCCCCCUGGCCCUGUGGGGCCCCCUGGACUGACUGGACCCGCUGGAGAGCCUGGUAGAGAGGGCAACGCUGGUUCUGAUGGACCCCCUGGUAGAGAUGGAGCCACUGGAAUCAAGGGUGACCGUGGUAACACCGGUCCUGCUGGUGCUCCUGGCGCCUCAGGAGCUAAUGGUGCCCCCGGCCCUGUCGGCCCCACCGGCAAGCAGGGAGACAGGGGAGAGGCUGGAGCUCAAGGACCAGCUGGACCUGCCGGGCCUGCUGGAGCCAGAGGAAUGGCUGGACCCCAAGGACCCCGUGGAGACAAGGGUGAGGCUGGAGAGGGUGGUGAGAGAGGACAGAAGGGACACAGAGGAUUCACUGGUCUGCAGGGUCUGCCCGGACCUCCCGGUCAAGCUGGAGACCAGGGUGCAUCUGGACCUGCCGGACCAAGUGGAUCAAGAGGACCCCCCGGACCAGUUGGUCCCUCUGGAAAGGAUGGAUCCAACGGUAUGCCCGGCCCCAUCGGACCUCCCGGACCCCGUGGUCGCUCUGGAGAGACUGGUCCCUCUGGUCCCCCUGGAAACUCCGGACCCCCUGGUCCUCCUGGUCCUCCCGGCCCUGGUAUCGACAUGUCUGCCUUCGCUGGCCUGUCUCAGCCUGAGAAAUCCCCCGAUCCCCUGAGGUACAUGAGGGCCGACCAGGCCUCCGGAAACCUGAGGACGCACGACGCCGAGGUGGACGCCACGCUCAAGUCUCUCAACAACCAGAUCGAAAACAUCCGCUCCCCCGAGGGCUCCAAGAAGAACCCUGCACGUACUUGCAGAGACCUGAAGCUGUGCCACCCCGACUGGACGAGCGGAGAGUACUGGAUCGACCCUAACCAGGGCUGCACCAUAGAUGCCAUCAAGGUCUACUGUAACAUGGAGACUGGAGAGUCCUGCGUCUACCCCAAGCCCGCCAGCAUCCCCAAGAAGAACUGGUGGUCCAGCAAGAGCAAGGCUGCCAAACACGUCUGGUUCGGGGAGACCAUGAACGGAGGAUUCCACUUCAGCUAUGGUGAUGACAGCCUGGCUGCCAACACGGCCAGCAUCCAGAUGACCUUCCUGCGGCUGCUAUCCACCGAGGCUAGCCAGAACCUCACCUACCACUGCAAGAACAGUGUGGCUUACAUGGACGGGGCCACGGGCAACCUGAAGAAGGCCGUGCUGCUCCAGGGCUCCAACGAUGUGGAGAUCAGGGCCGAGGGAAACAGCCGCUUCACGUACACCGUCAUGCAGGACGGCUGCACGAAACACACAGGAGCAUGGGGCAAGACAGUGAUUGACUACAGAUCCCAGAAGACCAGCCGGCUGCCCAUCGUGGACAUUGCUCCCAUGGAUAUUGGAGGAGCGGACCAAGAGUUUGGAGUCGACGUCGGUGCAGUCUGCUUCUUGUAA